AUGGCUGAAGAAAAUGUGCGUGAGGGACCAGGGACUUCACAUGACCCCCAGGCGGAGAUAGUCCGCUUAAAUGAGAAAGUGGCGCAACUCGAGAGGGAGCUGCAGGAGCGAGAUCGAACGGAGCGGCCAAAAACUCAAGAAGACCUGCCACAGGGUGAUCAGGUGAAUCUCGAGUGUGAAGAUGGGCGUUCGGAAGAGGUGGUUGAAGAUGAGGGCGAGUCUGACAGUGAUGCCGAACUUGUUGACCUUAUGGGAAAGAAUAAGAAGGUGAAAAAGGAGUGGGCUCGAAAAUUGACUAAAUUGGAGCGACAGUGUGAUUACUUGAUGGGAUCCACGCAAGCGGGAGCUAAGGGGAAAGCUCUGUUGAUUGAUAGCUUGUUUUCUACCACAGUGUCCCCCUUUACUGAUCAUAUAAUGUCAUGCCAACUCCCAAGGGGUGCUCGGGAGUGGUUCAGAACUUUGUCCCCUCGUUCAGUCUCGAGUUUUGAAGGCCUCGCCAGGAAGUUUGCGUCUCAAUUUAUGGCAGGCGUUGUCCGGAAAAAGCCUGCUCAACAAUUGAUGACCAUUAAGCAAGGCCCCCAGGAGUCAUUGAGAAGUUACUUGCUCCGCUUCAACCAGGAGAGAUUGGCCGCGGAGACUCAGAAUGAGCAAUUCAUCCAUUGUGCUAUUUAUCAAGGAAUCAGGAAGGAUGGUGCCCUCAUGGCGGACCUAGCAAGAAGACCGGCAGACAGUUUGCAGGAAUUUUAUGAUCGAGCAGAAGAGUUCGUGAACCAGGAAGAAACCCUCCGUGCGUUCCGAGGGGCCGAGGGGCCGACGAAGGAAAACCCCAUGCCGGACAGGAGGUCGAAGCCGAGGACAGCCCCGACAGGAAGGGAGGUUGCCGAGCGGGGACCCGCUAGGAGAGUUGAAAGUUAUCACUGGACGCCCGUGAAUGCUCCGGCGAAGGAGAUUCUCAUGGAGAUCAGAAAGGAUCCGAACUAUAAGGAUCCCUCGCCAAUAAAAGGCCAGCCGCCUCAUUACAACCGGCAUAAGUACUGCCACUACCAUGACUCUUUUGGUCACUAUACAGACAAUUGCAUUUCUCUGAAAGAGGUGAUCGAAAAGUAUAUAGCUGAUGGCAAGUUGAAGCGUUUCAUGGAGAGACGUGAGAGCUCCCCGGACAAGCGCCCUGCGUAUAAGUUUGCCGGGAACCAGGGAUCGUCCGGGCGCGAUGCGCGCCCAGGAAAGCAGCAGUACUAUCGGGAAAGAAAACCGCCUCAACAGCCCCGCAGGGAUGUCCGGGCAGAGAAGUCGCCUCGGCCUGAGCGGAGCAGAAGCCGCGGGAGGCCACAGGAUUCAGGGUGUUUCCCCGAAAUCCAGACUAUAGCUGGAGGCUUUGGAGGUGGAGGCGAGACUUAUUCGGCUCACAAGUCUUAUGCGAAGGAAAUGCGAGAGGUGUCCAUUUACGCGGUCGCGAGGCCGGAAAAAGUUGCGAGGCGCGAGAAGUUAACCAUCACCUUCUCGGAUGAAGAUUACGAGGGGGUAUACUUACCCCAUUCGGAUGCCCUGGUGGUAACCAUGGUUAUAGGAAAUCACAGGAUUCAUCGGGUCUUGGUGGAUAAUGGUAGUUCAGCGGACAUCCUAUAUAAAUCGGCCUUCGACUUGAUGAAAAUUAGUAAGGAUAAGCUCUCUGCUUUCAGAUUUCCUCUGGUGGGGUUCGCAGGAGAACAGGUGAUGCCACUGGGGUCGAUUGAGCUUCAAGUUACGGUGGGCAGCUCCCCAACACAGAAGACAAUUCCGGUAAGAUUUCUUAUUGUCGAUCAACCCUCCGCUUAUAACGCUAUAUUCGGGAGGACAGCUCAAGUGGAGUUGAAAGCAGUAACAUCGAUACCCCAUCUUAAAAUGAAAUUUCCAACGGAUGAAGGGGUGGGAGAAGUCCGAGGAGAGCAAAAGGCAGCCCGUAAGUGUUACAAUGUUUCCCUGGGGGGUCCCUCUCGCCAGGCACACCCUAGUCAGGAGACAGGUCCUGUGGCUAAAUAG